GACUCCAUUCAAAAAAUCAACAGAGUUCCCCAAAGUCGGAAGAAGUUUCAACAGAAACCGAGGAACUUCUUACAGUUAAAGCAAUUUAGUGUUCAUGUCCAACUUCAUCAGAUGGCAGAAGAACACCUAGUGAUGUUUAACUAGACCUUCUUUUCUGUCCUGCAAGGCGCUGAAGUACACUCUUACUGGUCUAAGAACGUUGUGGCUGUGACCAUGCAGCUCUGGGCCCAAAUACGGCAACUUCUACUGCUAUCCCUGCUCCUACUACCAGGGUCAUUCUGCAGCCAAUGCCCUCAGCACUGCAGCUGUAAUGUAGUGAGCUCCAUCUUCUGCAUACAGCGCCGUGCUUCCACCAUGCCCCUUAAUUUGCCUGCAUCUACACAAAAUCUCUACGUGUUUCAGAAUGGAAUUAACUUCCUGAAUGAACAGGACUUCGUUGGCCUGGUUGAUCUGCAAAUGCUGGACCUUAGCCAGAAUGAACUUUCAGUGAUUCCUGAUGGGGUUUUUGGCCCUCUUAAGUCCUUACGCAACCUCGACCUCUCUUCAAACAAAAUUACUCAAAUCUCUAAAAACAGUUUUAAUGGGUUAGUUAAUCUGGAGAGGUUGUAUAUCCACAACAAUCGCAUCCAAAGCAUUCACCCAGCUGCAUUUUCGGGAUUGGAGAACCUCUUGGAGUUGAAGCUUCAGAGAAACCAGAUCAGUCUACUUCCCGUUCUGCAUCUUCCCAGAUUGCUGUUGCUUGAUCUCAGCUUCAAUAGUAUCCCUGCACCUGGACCUGUUGACCUACAAACACCACACUUGGAGUCAUUAAAGUUGGCUGGGCUGGGGCUGACUACUUUGGAUGAAGGAUUACUAAGAAGGCUGGGAAAUCUUCAUGAUCUAGAUGUAUCUCAGAACAAGCUAGUAGGAAUGCCAUCUGCAUUAAUAUCCGCAAGAGGGCUAACUCGUCUCAACUUAGCAGCUAACCCAUUGGGCCCUAUUCAUCAGCAGGACUUUAAGAACCUAGUGGGAUUGCAAGAGCUGGAUCUGAGUAAUCUGAACCUGCAGGGAUUCCCUGUUGACUUUUUCCAGUUGUUUCCCAAGCUGAAGCAAUUAACGGCUGCACAAAACCCUUUUAAUUGUGUUUGUUCACUCUCCUGGUUCCCCACUUGGAUGAAGAAUGCACAAGUGGAUCUUGGAAAAACUGAUGAAACACGUUGCCACUUCCCUCUUAUAAAUGCAGGCAAAAUGCUUUCUGAGCUAGAAUACAAAGACUUUGGUUGCCCUUCCACCAUCACCGAGCUGUCAGAAGUACUUACUAGCAGCAGCAUGCGUAACACUCCAGACCCUACCACUGCUCCACAUACCACCCUUAAUGUCCCACCUUCUGUCCCUAGUGAAAAGUUGCCAGUUGAAAAGCAUGUGCCCCCUGAAGCCUCUGCCUCUCCCAAAAGUAGCGAGGAACGAAAAGAGCACAUGUGCCCGCCAAACAUCUGCCUGAACGGGGGUACAUGCAAGUUUGACCAAAGGGGGGAAGUAAAUUGCAUGUGCCCUAUGGGAACAUCGGGAACAUACUGUGAAAACCAAGAUGAAUCCCAACCUCCUCCAUUGUCUCCAAGAGUUGCUGUAGUGACAGUACCUUCAAUAAAACCAGAGAAGAUUAGCUUCCAUCACGUAACCAGCACCUCAAUUUCACUGGACCUUCAUCGGUACAUUGAAUCUCGGCCCAACAUCCGUGGAAUCCGUCUUACUUAUCGCAACCUGUCUGGUCCUGACCGCAGACCUCUCCAACUCAAUGUACCUGCGUCAUACCCGGAGUACACAUUGAGAGGACUACAGCCGAACUGCACAUAUUCAGUUUGUGCCAGUCCUCUGGAUGAACCUGUAGAGGAAGCUGUGAACUCCUGUAUGGAUGUGCAAACCGCUGUAGGCUCUCUGCAACCCAAUGUGAAAAGGUCUGAAACUUUCUCCACUCUUGUACCCACCCUGGUGGCGCUAGCUGUGGUGAUGGCAGUGGCCAUAGUUUCAGCAGUGGGAGUGGUUUUACGGAGAAAAAGGGUGAAAUCUUUGACAGAUAUGGAUCUAGCUGAGCCAACCCCUUAUGAGUUAGAAGGUGUAAAGAUGGGUUUAGAGAAUGGAACAUCACCCCAAAAACAGUCUGAGAUCUUGCCUUACCAGCCAGUAACUCAGAACGGCAUUGACUACGAGGUCCCGUUGAUCCAAGAACAGUUUGCAUCAAACAACAACACUGAUCAGAGAAUACCAUCAUACUUUUAGCGCUUUUCAGACCUCCAGCACCUAGGGAGAGGUGUGCUGUAAUAACCCCUGCCGGCGGGUCAAGUGCAAACACAGUGCAGUCAUGUGGUUUGAGUCUUAAAAGUGACUUUAUGAAAGUAUUUAAACAAAGUGCAAUUGCCAGCUAAGGUAUUAUUUGGUGCUGAAAGUGCCAUUUGCACGUCCACACUUCAACUGCACUGUUCUCUGAGAAAUUCAAAAGGACAGAGUGUACACAGAGUUAUGCUUGUGUUGGCCACAGAUAUACCAAGAGCAUGACUAAAGCAUGGAUUUUUAAAGUUUUUGUUUAACAUAUCUGCCUUUAGACUGCACUUUUUCUUUCCACCUGAUUGGAUUUGUGCAUCUUCAAGACCUUUCCAUGGUACACAGGUCCUUAGACCUGUCUGGGAUUAAUAGCAUUUUGCAAUAUAACGAUGAAAAACAGGAUUGACUGCUUGUAGAAAGAGGGGGAUAAAACAUCAAGAGGGAUUUUUUUCCUUUCGAAAAAGCAUGCACUGACAUGAGUUUGGAUUUCUUCUCCUCUGACAAAACGAUGCACUGAUUAGAAGUUCGAAUUUGGGUUCAAAAGGGCUAAAAUAGAGAAACAUAGACUGGUUGUUUAGCCGUCAUUCCUUCAUGCUGCAGUUUCAAAAACACUUCCUUCCCUGGCCUCAACUUAAUUUUUUUUAAAUUUUUUUUAGAUUUGCUGUGAAAGAAAAAAUGAUGAAGAGACUUUUUGCAUAGUUUGUAUUGUAUGUUUGUCGUAUACUGUAUGUGAAUGUUGUCAGUUUUUGUGCUGAUAUUUUAUUUUUCUAGCAUUUUAUAUCUCGACGUUACAGACGUUAUUACCAGAGCCUCUCUGCUUUACCAUUUGCUUUGUAAUCAGGAGCACUUGAAAAGCUGGUUUGCAGUCAGUUAUCUGACAAAUUGUAGAUCACAAUGGCAUUCUGUGUUAUACUAUUGCAGUGUAUCGCUUAUCUUUAGGUUCUCCUUGUUUACUUUAUCAAGUGCAACCUGGCUUUAUUCAAGCUUACUUCAUUAUGUACAACUGUUUUAUAGAAAUAAUGAACAGUUUUGUCCCAAAAGCUCAGAAUUGAAGUAUUAGGAGAUGUAAGAUAUAAGUAUACUGAGGUAUACACUUCCACCAGUUCAACCGCCUUUCGCUUUGAUUAUACACAAUUUUGUGAUGAGGGCAUGUGUUCAAAUGAUUCCUGCUCCUGGAAGUACUCUUUAAAAAUUUUAACCCUGAAAUAUGGCCAUGCCAUCUGGGAAGAAAAACAGGGAAUAAAUAGAUGUUAUAACCUGGUCAUUGAGUACAUUCAGAUCGUCAGCUGACUUCAUUUUAUUGCCACAGAACGUUGCUAAUCAUAAACCUAAGCAACUGAAGCAACCCCAGGUCAUAACUCUGCCGUUAGAGGCUUGUAAAGUGGCCACUAUGCUGGGGGCAUAAUUUUAUGUGCUUUACACCCUAACUCGCCCAUUGCUCUGGAAUUGGUUUUCUUAUAGCUACGCAGCUGUUUAGACCCAAUCCUGCGAGUUUUUGUCACAUUGUGUGUCUCAUCACACGUUUUCACAAAGUCGAUUGUUCAGCCCUAUAUUUCCAGGCUGGACAGUUCUCAAUACAAGUCCAGUAAUUUUAUAUCUCCUUAGUUGUUUUCUUUCUUUAAAAAGGCCAAUAGUUUGGCCCUUCUAAAGAGGUAAAUGUUUUGGCCAUGCGGUGCAUGUAAAUGCAAAAAAAGGUCAUUUUGUCUUUAACUUCAGAUAUAAUCCAUGAUCACACACAAAAACCUAAAAGGAGCUUGGAGUCCUUUUAACAAAUUUGUCCAUGUUGCAUAAAAUUAGUCCUAAGUGCAAAGCAUAUGUUUUUGUUUGUGCAUUUUGACACCAGCAGACUGUGAAAAGGUUCAAAGUCAAGUUAAUGUUGUUAGACAUAGUUUGUCUGGAGAAUUUCAAACUCAUCCACCCUGAACCGCUCUAAAGAAUUUAACUUCUGCUAGACAUGUUGGUUAAUUGUUACGUUAGUUGACCUUUUCUAUAUUACGCACAAUGCUGUUUUGCCUUCUAAUUGUGAUGUAGUGGAGUUUAGCCAUGAUAUCUUGUCUAAGCUUUAGCCUUAAACAUACAGUAGGAAAAUCUAUUCAAACAGAUCACGCUAAAAGUGACGUCAAUCAUCUCGUAGGCCGCUAGCUAACUAUCUGAGCCGUGUUGUGUCGUAGCUGCACUGCAUUCCGAAGCUUUGAGUCCAGCUGUGUCAUCACCACAUAACCGCUAACUUCUUACAGAAAUAAAGGAAAAUACAGCAUCAGUCAACAAAUUAGCACCAGAAUCGUUAAACACAGAAUUAUUAUAAUAACGAACACAUUUUUUGUGUUUCAAGGUGGAAUUUUUUUUUCUUUUUUAAACAAAAAGUCUCUCUUCUCUACUGAAGUUGUGAACAUCGUUGAUUCAUUCAUUUCAUUUAAUAUACAGCACAUUUUUCAAACAUAUCAAUCCUACUAGAUGGACAAAUCGGUUUCAGCUCUGGAGUCUCUGUUGAUUUGAGCGAUCUUCACUCCACAAGCACCUUCCAGUCUGUGCAGAUGGCCCCGGCACCCGGCACAUCCAAACAUUUAAACUGGAAAGAGAAGCCGCUUCACACAGCACAAGGGACCUGAAACUAUUUCAAACAUUUCCAAAGCUUUUUCAAGUUCCUUGUAUAACUUGGGGAGUUUAUUAUUUCUAUUGGUAAUGUUUUGGGUAUGCAAAACCGAGCCCUCUCUCUCCUUCUCUCUCUCUCUCUCUCUCUCUCUGAACUGUAAAAAACACAUAUGUGUUUAAAAAAGAAAAAAAAAGUAUGACAUCUUUUAAGAAAAAAUACAAAAUGCUUCCUUUUUUAUACUGUUGCUUCCUUUUUUAUUUGUCUGUAUGUGAAUUAAUGUAGUUGUGUGUUACUUCUUUUCACGAAUCAUGUGCACUAAUUCCUGCUGAGCCAGUCUAUGAGUCAGUAGUAUUAGAGUAACGAGGCUUAUCUGGAGUCAGACCUUUUGUUUUUCUUGAACAGGAAGGAUUUAAAUAUUGUGCAAUGGACAGCUGUAUUCAGUCCAUUUUCUUCAAGAAUAAGCUAUGGUAAAAACAAAACAAAAAGGAGCUAGGAUUUACAUAAAGGUUUAAGUAAACAAUUACAGCCUUUUCCUUUAAACUUCACCCCGAACCAAGAAACACAGCUCCUACGGACUGGAUAAUGGCCAUAACAUUCGUUCAUCAUUAGUGACAUUAGCAUUUUGGGUGUUCUGCUUUAAAGCUGAUCAUUACCGUAUGACUCAGAGUCUCCCACUGUUCGUUCAUCCACUCCCUUGUUGUUCUUUUUUUUCUGACAGGGCUUGGGUCCAUUAGUGUCCUUUUUGCAAAAUAAAUGGCUGAAUUAAGGUCAAUUUGUGAAAAGAUAUUAAGCCAUAUUGUAGCAUGAUGACAAAGCAUCAUUUAAAAGCCAUACACACACACACACACACACACACACACACACAGUAACAGUCUCAGUCGGUUAAUUUUUAAAUAAAAAGGCAAAGUGUGCCCUCUUUAAAUAUUAUGCAUAGCUCUAAAAGGAAUGUGCCUCCGUGUGUUUCUCUUCAUGUUUUAAUAAAACCUAAGGUAUGAAACUCCUUAAGGCAUCUGAAAAAUUAUAAGCAACAAAGCGGAAGUUUUUUUCCCCCACUAAUUCCAAAAAGUGUUUUAUUCCAUUACACGCCCCAUCAAUAUUCCAAUGGAUACUGUUUUUUCAAUUAUUAUUUACAUACAUUAUAAUGCAUCUAUAGUUACAUUUAAUGUUGGGGAAUGCCCAUGAAACAAAUAAGUUCCUGUUAUCACUUGCAUUAAAUUGUCAUUCCCGCAUCAGCUUCAUGUUUUUCCUGCUCUCUUUUGAAGUUUUUCAGAUCCUGAGAUAAGAUAAGGUACAAACUUGAACUUACAGUGUCAGUUCUGCUUCUUUUUAGGCUGACAUUGGAGAAAAAAAUAAACAAACAUCUCCUUC